AUGAGUGUGGUUGGGUUUGAUUUUGGAAACGAGAAUUGCCUUGUUGCUGUUGCAAGGCAAAGAGGUAUCGACGUUGUGCUUAAUGAUGAGUCAAAUCGUGAGACUCCGGCUAUUGUAUGCUUUGGGGAGAAGCAGCGCUUCAUCGGGACUGCUGGAGCUGCUUCCACCAUGAUGAACCCCAAAAAUUCCAUCUCCCAAAUCAAACGUCUAGUUGGUCGCCAGUUCUCGGACCCCGAGCUGCAAAGGGAUAUCAAAUCUCUGCCCUUUUCCGUCACGGAAGGGCCUGAUGGCUAUCCCUUGAUCCACGCUAGGUAUUUGGGAGAGAUGAGAGCCUUUACCCCAACUCAGGUCAUGGGAAUGAUGCUGUCUAAUUUGAAAGGUAUUGCUGAGAAGAAUAUGAAUGCAGCGGUGGUGGACUGCUGCAUUGGCAUUCCUGUUUACUUCACCGACCUCCAGCGAAGAGCUGUUCUGGAUGCAGCCACAAUUGCAGGCUUGCAUCCGUUGCGCUUGAUCCACGAGACAACAGCAACGGCUUUGGCAUAUGGUAUUUACAAGACUGAUUUGCCAGAGAAUGAGCUGCUCAAUGUCGCUUUCAUUGACAUUGGCCAUGCAAGCAUGCAAGUCUGCAUUGCAGGCUUCAAAAAAGGACAGCUCAAAAUCUUGUCUCACGCUUUUGAUCGCUCUCUGGGGGGAAGGGACUUUGAUGAAGCUCUUUUCCAUCAUUUUGCUGCUAAAUUCAAGGACGAGUACAAGAUUGAUGUCUCCCAGAAUGCUAAGGCUUGUCUCAGGCUCAGGGCUGCCUGCGAGAAGCUGAAAAAGGUUCUCAGUGCUAAUCCUGUGGCACCAUUGAAUAUCGAAUGUUUGAUGGAUGAGAAAGACGUUAGGGGUGUCAUAAAGAGGGACGAGUUUGAAGAGAUCAGCAUCCCUAUUUUGGAGCGUGUUAAGAGGCCUCUGGAGAAAGCUCUCUCUGAUGCGGGCCUCACAGUUGACGAUGUGCAUAUGGUCGAGGUUGUUGGCUCUGCCUCUCGUGUUCCUGCUAUGAUCAAGAUCCUUACUGAGGUUUUUGGCAAGGAGCCCAGGCGUACAAUGAAUGCAAGUGAGUGUGUAUCCAGGGGAUGUGCCUUGCAGUGUGCCAUUCUCAGUCCAACCUUUAAAGUUCGCGAAUUCCAGGUUCAUGAGAGCUUCCCUUUCUCAGUUUCGAUGGCGUGGAAAGGAGUAGCUUCCGAUGCUCAAAAUGGAGGAACUGAGAAUCAGCAGAGCACCAUUGUUUUUUCCAAAGGAAAUCCCAUUCCUAGUGUCAAGGCUCUUACGUUUUAUCGUUCUGGAACCUUUUCUGUUGAUGUGCAGUACGAUUGGUCCCUUCCAGUCAUCAAAAGGCCAAAAAUUAAAGUGAAAGUGAGAUUGAACCUGCAUGGAAUUGUCUCAAUUGAAUCGGCAACUCUUUUGGAAGAGGACGAAGUUGAAGUUCCGGUCUCGAAAGAACAAUCGGAGGAAACUACUAAGAUUGGCGCUGAAAAAGCUUCUGCUGAGGCAACUACUGCUUCUGGUGACUCUGAUGUUAACAUGCAAGACGCCAAGGAAACCAGUGAUGCAGCUGGUACUGUCAACGGUGCUCCUGCUGAUAAGCCGGUCCAAAUGGAAACUGAUUCAAAGGCUGAGGCUCCGAAGAAGAAAGUGAAGAAAACUAAUGUACCUCUAUCAGAAUUGGUCUACGGUGCCUUGCAAUCUGUGGAGAUCCAAAAGGCUGUGGAGAAGGAAUUUGAGAUGGCUUUGCAAGACAGAGUUAUGGAGGAGACCAAGGACAAGAAGAAUGCUGUUGAAUCGUAUGUUUAUGAUAUGCGAAACAAACUGAGUGAAAAGUACCAGGAAUAUAUAACUGAUUCAGAGAGGGAAGCAUUCCGGGCGAGGCUGCAAGAAGUGGAGGAUUGGUUGUAUGAAGAUGGGGAAGAUGAGACCAAAGGUGUUUAUGUUGCAAAGCUCGAGGAGCUCAAGAAGGUGGGCGACCCUGUUGAAGAGCGUUACAAGGAGUCUCUGGAAAGAGGAUCGGUCAUUGAUCAACUUGGUUACUGUAUCAACAGUUACAGAGAGGCAGCUGUGUCUAAUGACCCUAAAUUUGACCACAUCGAAAUGGCAGAGAAGCAAAAAGUUUUGAACGAGUGUGUGGAAGCAGAAGCAUGGCUGCGGGAGAAGAAGCAGCAGCAGGACGCGCUUCCCAAGUAUGCAACACCGGCUCUCUUGUCAGCUGACGUUACAAGCAAGGCGCAGGCAUUGGACAAGGUUUGCAGGCCUGUAAUGACCAAACCAAAGCCGGCUAAAGCGGAGUCACCACAAGCCAAGGGAGAUGAGGCCGCCGAUGAAGGCAAGAGUGAGCCACAAGAACCAGACUCCGGCGAACCGAUGGAGACAGAGAAGCCCACCCAAGGUAGUGCCUAA